AUGUCUUUUUAUGGAAGCAAUCGAUCCACAGGGGCUUUACCGGUGUCCAAGGUGAAUUCUGCAGAAAAAGACUUGGCAAAUGACAUUGUGAUCCAAAAUCCUGCGGAAGACUCCAUUUCAGACAUAGCAUUUUCGCCUCAGCAAGACUUUUUAUUUAGUGUAAGUUCUUGGGACAAGAAGGUCCGUGUUUGGGACAUCAAUGGCGGCAUCCCACAGUGUAGAGCUGAAUAUCAGCACCAAGGACCUGCGCUCACAACAAGAUGGUCUGACGAUGGUACUAAGAUCGCCUCUGGUGGGUGCGACAAUGCUGUUACCAUGUUCGAUGUGGCCAGCGGCCAGUCUCAGCAAAUUGGAGCUCACGACUCAGCGGUAAAAUGUCUAAGAUUUGUCAAAUGCGGACCAGCUAACACGGAAUGUCUAGUGACCGGUUCGUGGGACAAGACGGUACGGUACUGGGAUAUGCGACAACCACAACCGGUCUCGACACUGACCUUACCGGAGCGGGUGUACUGCAUGGAUUCAAAGCAAAAGCUACUCGUAGUUGGCACAGCUGAACGACACAUAGCGGUCAUUGAUUUGAACAAUCCAGGUACUAUUUUCAAGACCACCAUGUCGCCGCUCAAAUGGCAAACUAGGACUAUUUGCUGCUAUAUCGAAGGAAACGGAUACGCAGUGGGAUCCGUUGAGGGCCGCUGUGCUUUUCAAUACGUGGAUGAGCAAGAACAGCGGAAGUCUGGGUUUUCUUUCAAGUGCCAUAGAGUGCAGCAGCAGGCUACUGGUUCUGCUGGAGGACGUUCCACAACAGAGUCUCAGGUUUAUCCCGUUAACAGUAUCGUGUCCCACCCACUUUACGGUACUUUUGCCACGGCGGGCGGCGAUGGAACUUUUCAUUUUUGGGACAAAAACCAACGACACAGACUCAAGGGCUUCCCCUCACUGCAAGCAUCAAUUCCAGUUUGCAAUUUCAAUCGCAACGGCUCGGUAUUUGCGUAUGCUCUCAGCUACGACUGGCAUCAAGGACAUACGGGCAACAGGCCAGAUUAUCCCAACGUACUUCGUCUGCAUCCUACCACUGAUGAGGAAGUGAAAGAGAAAAAGAAGUAG